AUGGAUUCCUCGGUGGUGAGAUUUUCCCAAUCGCCGGCGAGAGUGACGCCGGAAUUUGAACCAGAUAUGGAGAAGAUUAAACGGCGGCUGCUGAAGUACGGUGUUGACCCAACCCCUAAAAUCCUAAGCAAUCUCCGAAAGAAGGAAAUUCAAAAACACAAUCGGAAAACCAAGCGCCAAAUCGAGUCCGAAUCGGAGGUAUACACGGAGGCGGAGAAACAAUCUAUGGAGGAAGAAGCUCGAUUCCAAACCCUAAAGCAGGAAUACAAGCAAUUCACGAGGACAAUAUCGGGGAAAAAGAGCGGCGAUGGAGGAAGGAUUGACGGUGGUUUGUUGGUGGGGAAUCCAUGGGAAGGAAUCGAGAGAGUGAGAUUGAAGGAGCUCGUUAGUGGUGUCCGGAGAGAAGAAGUUAGUGGUGGUAAACUGAGGAAAGAGAAUCUAAAGGAAUUGAAGAAGAUACUCGACCAGGAUCUUCGUUGGGUUCUCGAUGACGACGUUGAUGUGGAAGAUUACGAGAUGGCUCGAAACGAAGACAGAGAAUUCGAUCCUGCGAAGCGGUGGCGUAACGAAGGAGAAGCUGUGAGAGUUCUCGUUGACAGAUUGAGUGGUAGAGAAAUCACUGAGAAGCAUUGGAAGUUUGUGAGGAUGAUGAAUCAGUCAGGGCUUCAGUUCACUGAAGAGCAAAUGCUUAAGAUUGUUGAUCGAUUGGGACGUAAACAGAGCUGGAAACAAGCUUUAGCUGUUGUUCGUUGGGUGUAUUCGGAUAAGAAGCGUAAACAUCUUAGGAGCAGGUUUGUUUACACCAAACUUUUGUCCGUUCUUGGGUUUGCAAGGAGGCCCCAGGAAGCUCUGCAGAUAUUCAAUUUGAUGCUUGGUGAUCGCCAGUUGUAUCCUGAUAUGGCGGCAUACCACAGUAUUGCUGUGACGCUUGGGCAAGUGGGUUUUUUGAAGGAGUUGCUGAAAGUAAUUGAGCGUAUGAGGCAGAAACCUACUAAAUUACUUAAGAAUGUGCGUCAAAAGAACUGGGAUCCUGUGCUUGAACCCGACGUGGUGGUGUAUAAUGCUAUUCUGAACGCUUGUGUUCCGUCGCAACAAUGGAAGGCUGUUUCAUGGGUAUUUAUAGAGUUAAGAAAAAAUGGUCUGAGACCUAAUGGAGCUACAUAUGGACUUGCAAUGGAGGUUAUGCUGGAGUCAGGAAAGUAUGAUCGUGUUUACGAUUUUUUUAGGAAGAUGAAAAGCAGUGGCGAAGCUCCAAAAGCAAUUACGUACAAAGUUCUUGUCCGAGCUCUCUGGAGAGAAGGCAAAAUCGAGGAAGCUGUUGAAGCAGUCAGAGAUAUGGAACAAAAGGGAGUUAUAGGAACAGGUACAGUUUACUAUGAAUUAGCAUGCUGUCUCUGCAACAACGGGCGUUGGCGUGAUGCAAUGCUCGAGGUGGGGAGGAUGAAAAGACUUGAAAACUGCAAGCCCCUCGAGAUUACCUUCACAGGACUCAUAGCGGCUUCAUUGAACGGUGGUCAUGUUGACGAUUGCAUGGCUAUAUUCCAGUAUAUGAAAGAUAAAUGUGACCCAAAUAUAGGAACUGUGAACACGAUGCUUAGAGUUUAUGGUAGGAAUGAUAUGUUUUCAGAAGCUAAAGAAUUGUUUGAAGAGAUAGUCAAAGAAAAAGAACCUCAUAUGGUCCCAAAUGAGUAUACAUACAGCUUUAUGCUUGAAGCUUCAGCUAGAUCACUCCAGUGGGAAUACUUUGAGCAUGUGUAUCAGACAAUGAUUCUUUCUGGGUGUAAAAUUGAUCAAACAAAACAUGCAGCAAUGCUUAUAGAAGCAUCUAGAGCCGGGAAGUGGGGUCUUAUAGAGCAUGCCUUCGAUGCAGUUCUUGAAGAUGGAGAAAUUCCUCAUCCAUUGUUUUUCACCGAAAUGUUGUGUCACGCGACAUCUAAAGGCGAUUACCAAAGAGCUAUCACACUGAUUAACACCGUGGCUCUCGCUUCUUUCCAGAUCAGUGAAGAACAAUGGACUGACCUUUUCGAAGAGAAUCAAGAUUGGCUUAAUCUGGAGAAUCUACAGAAGCUUGCUGAUUAUCUCCUUGACUGUGAUUAUGCAAGUGAACCAACGGUCUCAAACCUUUCAAAGUCAUUGAAGUCUCUGUGUGGGUCUUCUUCUUCAACACAACCAUUGUUAGCCAUUGAUGUAACAACCAACAGCGAGAAACCGGAGGAACAUAACAACCAUUCUUCAACACAACCAUUGUUAGCCAUUGAUGAUACAACAAUGGAAGCUGGUAAUGAUACUAAUGGUGAAGCUUGGGAAUUUACAGAGACAGAACUCGAGACUUUGGGUCUAGAAGAACUUGAGAUUGACGAUGAUGAUGAAUCCAGUGAAUCUGAUUCACUUUCAGUUUAUGACAUUCUGAAAGAAUGGGAAGAGAGUAGUAAGAAGGAGACUUGA